AUGGCAAAAUAUGUAAAAAAAGUUGGGGGAAGACCGUAUCAAAAUUAUUCGGAAGAAACUUUAAAAAAAGCCGUAAUGGAAUUAAAGACAAAAAAAAUAACUUUUCGGGAUGCAGAAAAAAAGUAUAGGAUAUCAAAGUCUACUCUGCAAAGAAAAGUAAAUAAUAAAAAUACGAUGAAAGUGGGCAGACCAAAUACAUUGUCGGAAAAAGAUGAGGAAAAUCUAGUUAAGGGAAUAUGUUUGUCUAGUAAAUGGGGAUUUCCUUUUACAUCUAUGGAUAUCCGACAUAAAUCUAUAUUAAGUGAGCGAUUAGCCGAAAAUAUAAAGAGAUCAAGAGCGGAAAUCAACCAUGAAUCUAUAAAAAAAUAUUUUGAACACUUAAAAAACUCGUUAGCCGGAGUUUCUGCAAAUUUAAUUAUUAAUUAUGACGAAACCAAUAUUACUGACGACCCUGGGAAAGCCAAGAUAAUAACAAGGAGAGGUUGCAAACAUCCAGAACGAAUUUUAGACUCGUCUAAAUCUAGUGUAUCCGUAAUGUUUGCUGGAACAGCCUCCGGGUAUUUAUUACCACCCUAUGUGUGCCACAUGGAAAAUUGUGCAUCAUAUGUAGAAAUAAUAUGCAACAAAUGUAAAUUGGCUAGAUACUGUUCGGUUCUUUGCCAAAAACGUCACUGGUGGUUAACACAUUCUUUUGAAUGUCAUUUGAUGAAUGAAAAAAUGUAA